AUGCCUCCAAUGAGGACGACCAAGUGUGUGUUAGCGGUGGUCGGAAAUACCACUGCUAAAGAAGCCCGGUUCACCCUGAAGGCCCUGGUGCGGGACAUGUCCACCCGCCGCCCGCUGCCCGGGGCCACGCUGGACGUCUACGCCGGCCGCGCCCUCCGGGCCAGCGCCAGGGCCGGCCCGGCGGGCGAGGCCCUCCUGUGGCUCCCCUACGGGCCCCGGCUCCACCUCACCCUGCUGGCCCGCGCGGAGGGCUACGUGCCCACCACGCUGCCCUGGGAGACCGCCAGGAGGCCGCUGUUCUCCGCUGUCACUCUGGGACUCCUCCCGCAGAACCACGGAAACAUCUGGCUGUUCGAUGACUCCCUGAUCAUCACGGCAAAGCUGCCAGACAGUUCUUCUCAGCCCAGCGUGAAGUUCCCGAAGGACCUGCUGACGCUCGCCGGGAACGCCAGCAUCUCCUCGUUGAGCGCCUACCUGACGGUGCCAAUGCACCACCUAGCGAGGGACUGCGCCAACUGCACCCCCGCCAUCGUCGGCAACCAAUCAGCCUACAGGAACACGGAGCUGAGGCCGACGGCGGCCCUCAGCGUCCGGCUGUGCUCCGGGGCCGACGAGCUUCAGGUCAGGGGCCCGAUCCACCUGAGUCUACCUCUCGGACACAACACCGGCCUCAGGCCCGCGGACACCCUGCCCGCGUGGGCCUUCAGCAGCCAGACAGGAGCCUGGGAGCAGCAGGGUCUGGGGAUAGUGCAGAGGGUCGACGGCCACUUGGUCUGGACCUACACCGCCUCCCACCUGGGCUACUGGAUCGCCGCGCCCUUGCCCACUGAUUACAGGGGACUCGCAGGUUCUAUCGACUUCCUGUCCGACCACAACUUCCUGCUGGUCGGCCUCUUCGGGGCGACCGUCGCAGUCAUCAUGGGCUUCCUCACGGUCCUGGUCUGUCACUGCGGUUCUCAGCGGGCGCCGAGGCGGCGGCGACGGCGAGCUCGCUUCUCCAAGCUGACGGUCCUGAAGAAGGACCAGACCACGUCGACUCACAUGGAAGAGGGGCUGUCGUUCCAGUCCGGCGAGCACGGAGGACGCCCCCCCCACCACAGCGUCCCCUGUGACCCCUCCUCCACGCCCAGGCACAUGGCCAACUACAACAUCUACGUGGAGGACCCCGGGGUCCGGUCGGCCGCCCAUCACUACCAGAACCUGGCCUCCUCGGACCGGAGUAAGGGCCCCCACGCUCAGUCCCACUACAUCAACAGUGACCAAGUGGCUCGGCUCCAGGAGACGUCGGACCACCAGAAGCCCGAUCUGUUCUUCCAGGACAAGCUGGUCCACCUCUACAACCAGCCCGUGGCCAUCAUCCAAGCCGCCGAGCUCUUCGGCUGUCCGGAGCCGAAAGGCUCUGCCACCUUCCCCCGUAACGGAGGAGAGCACGACCCUAACCUAGAUCCGGCGAGGAAAGGGGGCUUCCCCCAGACUCUCCCCAAAGGCCACCAGCCCCAGUCGGCAGACGACCCCCGGCAGCCUGACCAAGACGACCCCCAGCCCCUGCAGACGCCUCCCCAGGGCCAGGGCCCCAACGCCAACGUCUGGGGUCUCUACAACAACAAGAACAACCUCCUGGAGUCCUCGGUGUCGGUGCCCGGGACGCUCAGCGAGGCGGCGGCGGGCAUGGGGGCUCCGGGCGAGCUGCAGGGCGUCUCCGAGCGCACCCUGCUGGAGCUGGGCAGCGGCAAGGCCUCGGCCGUGCCCCCCCGGGCGUGGUUCGUCUCCCUGGAGGGCAGGCCGGCCGCCAGGGUGCGGCACUCCAUCAUCGAGCUGAGCGGCCACCGGCGGCCGAACAGCAGCAACGACACCAGCCUGGACUCGGGCGUGGACAUGACGGAGCCCCUGCCGCGGCGGAGCGUCAGGGCCUCGUCGCUGCCCCACCGCACCCGGGCCGCUCGCUACGGCGAGGAGCCCGACCUGAGCAGCAGCGAGAGCGGCACCACGGCCACCUGCACGCCCGAGGACCCGUCCCUGAGGAACAUCCUGGACGGCAGCGUCGGCGCCAUACCCGACAUCCCCGAGGAGAGGGACGGCCCCGGCGCCUCCAGCGCCCGGGAGGACAGCGAGUCCCGGGAAACGCCGCCGCCGCCGCGCCGCCUCCGGAAGGUCCGGGAGAAGGGCAGGACGGAGAAGAGGAGCGCCAAGCAAGGGCACCGGCCGAUGAGCAAGCCCAGCUAG